UUGAUAAUACGCCAGCUGAUAGCAGCAACAGUAGCAGUGUGGCAGGCGCCGCUUUACUACUGCCCACUUUGAUAAGUUGUCCGUACGCGGGCCCGCGAUCGCUCCGGCAAGUGAUCGAGUUUGACAGAUCGAUAACAAAACGGGCGCGGUGCCAACCGGCUGGCUGGCAAUUUUCCGGACCACUGGCAACGCGGGACGCUCGGGAAUCGUCACGUCACCGAACAGCUGUGCUGAUACCGCCAACCGUGUGGUCCUGCCCGGUCUGAUACCGCCGGGUUUUUGCCCUAUCGGUGGGGCAGCCCGGCCGGUGCAUCUGCCAGCACCGCGAGCGAGCGAGCGUCACCAAACGAAGGCAAACGCCGGUGCCGGCCGCCGAUGAUACCCGAUGGCUGAUUAGUAGCCGGCGGGCGUACGUAUGUGUUUGUGUGCGGUGGCAUGGGGACGUGCGAAAGGGAAAACGCGUCCGCGUGCACUGAUAAGAUAAAAUUUUAAUUUACAAACUAAUUUGAUAGUACCGCUGCUGCUCAAUUCAACCAGCUAUCAACAGGGCCAGUUUUGUUGGCGGUAGUCUCUUGUGCAGUUCAGUCUUGUGCCGUUCGCAGAAACGGCAGGAUCUGGGGAGCCGAGCUAGAAAGGGAUCACACUCCAGUGCGGGAAACUUCCGAUUGUUGCGCUCCCGUCAGCAAAACACAUUUGCCACAAGCGAUGGCAACCCGGCAGGAUAAUGGUGUGAUCGUACGGAGGACGCAGAAAGAGGAUCUUCCAGAAGUGAUCGGCAUGAUACAGGAGCUGGCUGACUUCGAGAAGAUGCCGGACGGACCCCAGCUUACCGUUGACGACCUGAUACGGGACGGUGGGUUCGACGAGCGACGAUCAGCGGACGGUCGUGCUGCCCCACCAGUGUUUCAUAGUUUUGUGCUGGAAGCUCCGGCCGACCCGGACGACUGCCCAGCUAAUCAGGAACGGCUCACGUCAAUGCGGUCGGUCGAUCCUGCAAACGCAAGACCUCUAACCCGGAAACUGAUCGGAUAUGCCAUCUGUUACUACGCGUACUCCACAUGGCAGGGAAAAUCACUCGCCCUGGAAGACAUUUACAUCCGGCCAGCCUACCGGGGCAAUGGCUAUGGGGAGUUUUUCUUUCGCGCCCUUGCCAAGCACGCACAGGACACACACUGUUCGCGAAUUGACUUUCAUGUGCUGAGCUGGAAUCCGGCCACAAAAUUCUACCAUCGCAUGGGUGCGGUGGAUCUGACUGAGACUGAAGCCUGGCACUUUUAUCGCGUGCCCAAGGAUGCCAUUGGACGACUUAACGCUUAACACCGUGACACGCUGUGACUGGAUGGUGCGGAUACAAUCUGUAGAUUUUAUUGAAAGUAUUACCGACUAAUAUAACAAACGAGAAUUGAAUGUGGACGUAUCGACCUGUGCGAUUAUUGCGGUACAUCUAGGGGAGUAGUGAUGAUGGAUUUCGUGUGCUCCAGCAUCAAUUGGCACUUGUUUUCUGCCUCCUUUAGCAUCAGGAUAUUCCCGACAAGGUUUACCAUGUACACGAUCACCACCAUGAACAUGGACGUGUUGUAAAGACAGUUAAAGCAGGCCUGGGGCAGCGGUUUGCUGCAUCUGAACCUUCCACACAGGCCCAUAAAUCCGUGCAUGAACUGAAAAGGUAGAGGAAAGCUUAAUAUGAUAAAGGCUAUAUCACGUCAUACGCAACAAA